AGGGCCACGCGCCAUAAACAAACGAAGCGGCCAGCGUCCCGCGUGGGCUUGCAGUCGGAAAUGGCUCAAAGCGGAGCACUUCCCGGGGGUUGCUGGACACGACGCGGGUGGCGGGCUGUUAUGUCGAUCCGGGCGAGCCCCCCGCCGAACCGCAGUCCGAUUGGCCGGGUCUUGUUGGAGACCGCUAAAGGCGGCGGCGCUAUUCCUCGGCGCCGCGGGAUUGGAGCCAAACAAAGACUGCCCGCGCUUUCCGGGAACCGAAGGCGUGGGCGGUUCUGCCACCCCCCGGGAAGAUUUUAUGGCACGGGGGCCCCGCCGGCCGCCGCUGAAUUCGAUGAGCCCUGUGGCGCCGCGGCGCAUUGCUACAACUCAACGAGUGCGAGCGCACUGGGCAGCAGUCGGGCCCUGGCCAUGCACGCGCCGCGGGGGGUUGUGGCGCGGUGGCCGCAAGCGCGGGCGCCGUGCAGUCGCAACACAACUCGAGAAGCAUUGCGCGAGCUACAUCGACCGAAAAGCCACGGGAAUUAAAAACGAACCUUCAGCAGGCUAACUAUCAGCGUGGGCGCUCUUGGCGGAUUCCGCGCGCGCGGGGCGGAUGCGGCGCCCACCUCUUUGACUGCCGCGCCCAUGAAGCUAGCGGGCUCGCCCUCAACAGCCCCGCAGGGCAUGCGGCGAAUAAGGCGAAAGAACUCGCGGCGCGGUGCGAGGCCUUGGGCCGUCGGCCCACUUCGUUGGUUCCCCGGGCCCGGCCGGGCCUUCUCGG